ACUAAUCACUUUAUUUUGUACUUGUGUGUCAGUGUGAUCUGUGUGUAUAGAAUUGAAGAGAAAAAAUGGGAAGAGCUCCUUGUUGUGAUAAAGCCAAUGUGAAGAGAGGGACAUGGUCUCCUGAAGAAGAUGCAACUCUUAAAUCCUAUCUCAAUAAACAUGGCACUGUUGUCAACUGGAUUUCUUUACCUCACAAAGCAGGCCUUAAUAGAUGUGGAAAGAGUUGCCGUUUACGUUGGCUCAAUUAUCUCCGACCAAACAUCAAACAUGGUGGUUUCACUCCUGAAGAAGAUAACAUCAUCUUCACUCUUUAUCAAACCAUUGGCAGCAGGUGGUCUGUGAUUGCUUCACAUUUGCAUGAAAGAACAGACAAUGAUGUGAAGAACUACUGGAACACAAAGCUCAAGAAGAAAGUUCUUCAUCAAAUCUCUUCUCCUCCAUCAUCACAAAGUUUAAUGAUCACUCCAAACAUUAAAGUUGAACAAAAGGACACUACUUCUUUGAUUCAAGACUACCAUGACUAUAAUGAUUUAUUGCCGGAGAUGACCUCAUUGUCAUCGGUUUCAGUGGGGAAUAAUGGCAGUAGUAACACUAGUGGUAGCUUUGUUGGUUGGUCUUGUAAUGGAGUAGUAGAAGAUGAUCAUGAUGUUUUGUUCACUGAGUUUGGGUUUGAGUCAUCUCUCAAUGAACUCCUUGCUGGUUAGAAUGGUCUCUCUUGUAUAUAACUCUUUUAGUGGUGUUCAUUUUUUCAAGUUUGGUGGUGUCACUCUUUUGUAUUGAUGUUGUUGUUUUUCUUAAUUAAUAUUAUGGAUAAUUAAAUCACCGCACAUCAUUUGUUUA